AUGGAGAAUCUCAGCGAACUCCAGAAUCCGUUGCUGGACAAAAACAGUAAGCACAUGGUCAACGGCUACGGGGGAGAGUUCCCCAACAACCAGUACCAGGAAAACAUCAUUAACUACUUUGCUGGAGGAGGAGGAGGAGGUGGCGGUGGUGGAGGCGAAGGCGGAGGAGGAGGAGGAGGAAAAGUGAGCAACGGCACCGUGGUGAGCGGAGGCGGCUACAACACCAACGGCAAGAUGAAAUCGCAGCAGUUCUUGGACGCCACCUCGCUGCAUCUGGCUGUGGAGGCCUUCUACAGGCCCAACUUCAUCCUGUACAAGGAGGACAGCGGCAGCAUCAAGGCCAAGGAAUACAAAAGCGAGUGCUGCGAGACCACGUUCACGGAGAAGAAGGCCAAGGAGGCGUCCAGCACGCCGGGAGCAGAGACGCCCGGCACCGAGGACCCUCAGGCCAAGCUGCUGGAGGACGGAGAGCACAUCAAGAUCCAGACGGUGUCCUACGAGGUGGAGGAGGAGGAGUACGUGGAGUACGAGACGGAUUGUUCCAGCGACAGCGAGAGCGAAGACAACUUCAUCGUGGUCCCCCCUCGAGAUCACCUGGGCCUGGCCAUAUUCUCCAUGCUCUGCUGUUUCUGGCCUUUGGGGAUUGCAGCCUUUUACUUCUCACAGGGGACCACCAAGGCGGUGAACAAAGGCGACUUCCCUCUGGCCAACAUCGCCUCCCGACGGGCUCUGUUCCUCGCCGCCCUCUCCAUCACUAUAGGCACCGGCGUCUAUGUGGGGGUGGUGGUAGCGCUCAUCGCCUACCUCUCGAAACCAGGACACAUAUAG